AUGUCAUUCAGAGGUCGUGGUGGAAAAAGAGGUGGAUUCGGCGGUGGUGGUGGUGGUAACAAUCACAAUCAUAAUAACAACAAUAAUAAUACUAGAAGCGUGUUGGUAAAGAGAGGUGGUAAACAAUCGAGAGGCGGAGGAAGAAGAUUCGAAGUUACAAACAGAAACGAUGAUCUUCCACGUGUUGUAAUCUCUAACCUCCCAAACACAACAGAUGCCAACGAUGUCAUGGACUAUCUUAAAAACAAAUCAUUCAGACCAAACAUGGUAUUCAAAGGAAGUGAAUUUAGAAAUCAAAAGUUAUUCUUAACAUUACUUAGAAAUGAAGAUGUUCAACCACUUGUUAAUUUAUCAGGUACAAGAUAUGGAGGUGAUAAAAUAUUCAUCCAAAGAGAAGAUAGAUCUUCAUCUGCAAAAUUCGUUAAGCAACCAACCACUACUCUGACGUUGACACAACAGAAUAAACGUGCCGAUAUAUCAGCAAAUCAACAACAACAUCAACAACAACAACAACAAAAGAUAUCGACAGAAACCCUACUCUUUGGGUUAUUCAUUUUGGAAAUGAAUGUUAUCUAUAGAUAUUGGAGUUUAAGUUGGGCAAAUACCAUUUCUUUCUCACACAACAACAUAACAUCAUUCUCUGGAUUCGUUUUAAUGACACGUUUCAAAUUAGAGAAUUUGAUUAAUUUCAACUUUGACUCGAACAAGAUCACCGACUUUGAUGAACUCGACUACCUAAGUGAUCUACCACUCAGAGAGUUGUUACUCUCCAACAAUCCAAUCGCAAGUCAACCAAAUUAUAGAAUGGAGGUAGCCAAAAGAUUCCCAGAUCUCAAGUUUUUAGAUGGUGUUGAAAUUGGACCAGCCGACUUCCCACCAAGCCCUUGCCCUCCUUUGAGGCCAAGUUUCUUUGAUACCGUAGAAACACAACAAUUUGCCUAUAGAUUCCUCCAAAAGUAUUUCACUACUUUUGAUACUGAUCGUUCAAAUAUCGUUAAAGCAUAUUCAGAGGAUUCCAUCUUCUCUAUGACUUUUUCAGCUGGUGACGAUUCAGUUGCAAGAGGAUCCGUCAAACAAUAUGGCAGAAGUAAUAGAAAUUUAUUGAAAAGUUUGGAUUUAACUAAAAGAACACAAUUAUUAUAUGUUGGAUUUGAAAAGAUUUACAACUUUUUCAAACUUUUCCCAGCAACUACACAUAACCUCUCAACUCCAAUAGUUGAUGCACUCUACGUAAUAACACAUGGAUUCUUCACAGAAACAUCAUUUUGUACUAAAAGAUCGUUCGAUCGUGUAUUUGUGUUGGCUCCAGCACCGCCCAACUCGGAUUCGGCAAAACAAGGCUGGGAAGCGGUCAUCUUGAAUGAACAGCUUCACAUCAGACCUUAUGUCAGAUUCCCGAGAUUGGCUACCGAUGCUGUUCCACCAACCCCAAAUACUGUCACCCCAGCACCAACCCAACUUGCUGCUCCCGAGAAAGAACUCUUAUUACAGCAAUUCAAAAAUAUGACAUCACUCAAAGAUGAAUUCGCAAUAGAGUGUCUCGACAAGAGUGGAUGGGAUUUAAACAACGCAACUCAAACAUUCCAAACUUUCAACUUAUCUAUUGAAUAG